UUGGGCUUGGAAGAUUCAAUGGUGGAGGAGUUCGCACGGUUCUUCCUACGGUGCCAGUUGCCACUCUCCCCUUCCAUGGGACCCAAGGAAGUGGACUUCAAACUCUUCCUCAACGCCUUGACCGCCCUUGAAUCCCACCGUCAGUAA